UAUGGCAGAUUUUUGUUCUUCUGCUUUAAAACGUGAAAGAGAUGAAAUUACUCGUCUUCAAUUACAAAUAGCUAGUCAAUUUUCAAAUAAUGCAACAACAACACAAACAACAAAUAUUAUUACUAGUCCUCCUUUAUUAAAACAACAACAACAAAUAAUUCCACAAAAUCAAUCCAAUAGCUUUCAAUUGUCAACUCAAUUACCCUCCUCUCAAAUAAUUCCAUUAUCUUUUUUUCCAACACAAACACCUUCUUUACAACAACAACAACAUCCACAAAUACCUUCCCAAUUUCUUCCAUCUCCAAUAACCCCUUCACCUACUAUCCCUCCUAACCUUCUUCCAUCCCCUUCUUUUGAUUUUGAGGAACAAAAAAAAAGACUUUUACAACUUCAACAUCAACAACAACAAUUUAUUUUUGAACAAAAUAAUAAAAAUAAUUCUAAUAAUAAUAUAAUAACAACAACAAUUGAUCAACAACAACAACAACUUCAACAACUACAGCAUUCUUCUUCUUCUUUUUUCCCUUUACCUUCUUUACAAAAUAAUUCUUUUUUACUUCCUCAACAAAAUUCUGGUCAUUCUUCUUCUUCUUUUAUUAUUAAUUCUUCUUCUCAACAACUUUCACCACAACAAUUACAAACCCCAACAAUAUUUCAAUUAAAUUCUUUCCCCCAAUUUACUUCAGGAAUUCACUCAAUUACAAAAAAUAUCGAAAAUUCUUCUGAUUUCUCUUCUUUUUAUUCAUUAAUUUCAGAAAAUACUUUAAUUCCUUUAAAUCAAAAAGAAAAACAAAAAAAUAAUUUUUUUAUAUAUCCAACAGAAACAUUAAAAAAUAAUAAAGAAAAAAAUAAAAAUAAAAAAUCUUUUUCAGAAGAAAUUAUUUUUAUUGAAAAUAAUGAUGUUGAAAAAUUAAAUAAUAAAAAUAAUAAAAAUAAAGAAUCUAAAAGAAAAUUAAAAGAAGCUUUAAUUGAAAAAGUUAAUAAAGGAAAAGAAGAAAAUAAAAAAGAAAAGUCAAUAGAACAACAACCCCAACAACAUUUACCCCAACAAUUACCCCAACAAUUACCUCUACCUCAGCCUCAACAACAACAGCCCCAACAACAACCACCUUCCUCUUUUUCUUCCCAAAACAAUAAUUCUUUAUCAUCAACAAAUAAACAAAUAUCAGAAUUAAAUAAAGAAAUAGAAAAUACUUCUAAACGUUCAAUUCCAAUAUUCCAAAUAACCCCCCAACAAUUACAUUUAGCUAUGCAACAAUAUUUUCGUAGUCAACAACAACAACCAGAAGAAGAAGAAAAGGAAGAAAUAAAAAAUAAUAAAGAAAUUAAAAAUUCUGAAAAAUCAGAAGUAAUUGAAAAAGAAAAAGAGGAAGAAGAGGAGGAGGAAAUAAUUGUUGUUGACGGGGAAGAAGAAAUAAAUAAGAAGAAUGUGGAAAUUGUUGAUUUUGAAGAAGAAGAAAAUUUAGAUGAAGAUAAUGCUUAUGUUGAUGUUGUUGGGGAUGGAGAAGCUAGAAGUUCUUUACCAAAAAUGCAAAGAAAAGCACAUAUUGAAUUUUAUAGGAAAUUAAAAAGUUUUCGCAAUCGAGGCCCUCAAUUAGACUGUCAAUUAUGUGAUGCCUCCCUUCCAAAUAACGAUGCUUCAAUUCGUUCUCACAUUCAUGGACAUUGUAAAACAUCAAUGUUUGUAUGUAAAUUGUGUCAAAAAGGAUUUCAAGACCAACAUUUGGUUUUUGAACAUAUUGAUAGAGAACAUCCGGCACAGAAAGGAACAAAAUAUAUUGAGGACAGAAGGGAUAUGGGUUUAUUGGUGGAGAUUUUAACUCAAUGUUUUCCCAAAGUUUUUUGUCGAGCUCGUGAUAUUCUUUUUGAUGCAAUAGGUCGACUAACAUCUUUAACAGAAUCUAAACAACAAACAAAAAUUAAUUGUCAUCUUUGUGGACAAAUAAUUCCGACUUUGAAAAAUUGUAUUUAUGGGCAUUUAAGUAUACAUCCUUCUUACAAAUGUAAAAAAUGUCGAUUCUCUUCUAAUGAUGAAAAAAGUCAAUUAGAACAUCAAAAAAGAGAACAUCCAGAUUUCCCGGCCGGAGAACGUUGUUUUUGUAUUUCUUUGGCUUUUGAUGUUUUGUUGGAAACUUUAAAAAGUUGUUUUCCUAAUGAAAUUGGUGGAGAAAAGAAUUUGGAAGAAGUAAAUAAUUCUUCUUUAUUUUUACAUCCGGGAAGUGUUUUAGAAUCAAAGAAAAUGAUAAAAAAUAAAAAAGGAGAGGGGGAAGAAGGAGGAGAAUGUUUAAUUAUUGAAGAAGAAGAAAAGAAGGGAAAGAAAAGAAAUUUGAUUAAAAAAGAUGAUAACAAUAAAGAUAAAAAUUUAAACGAAAAUAUUGGAAAAAAGAGAAGGCAAAGAAAAAGGUCAAUACUUUCUGAGGAGGAAGUAACUAGUAGUAGUGAUAAGAAAAAAUAA